CGGGAAAUCUGUCAGUGCAGCAGCUCCGUGAAGCUAGCGGCAAAUUUUAACGAUUUUUUUCACAAUUUAUUUUGCAACAAUACAGGUAAUCGAUGUCCACUGAUCCGUAAGUAUUUUGCUAAUAUUUAUCUGUGGUGAAAGCUCACGAUUGCGCACGUGGUGAAGAAGGAUAACGAGGAUAAAAAGCCUGCUGCUCAAGUUCUUAGCUUGUUGAAUUUAAGUUGAUGUUGACAAUAACGCAGGUCAGCCGCUUUUUAGCUGUAUUGUUAGCCACCUUUAUUUUAUUUCAAAGCAAAAUGUGAAGCAAUGUGAAGUAUUUAUAAUAUCUGCUAAGUGGCUAUAAAUAUACUUUUUCUAUGCGCAGGACUUUUGGGUGUAAAUAUGGAAAGUAUUGGUGCAAGUCAGAUGGUAGCUUGUUCAUUAAGCAUUGUGAUGAAGCGUACAGAUUGCUAUCUGCCAUUCAACUGAGACUUCUGAGUGAAAAGCAUUAUAAGCUGACUAAUCCUAUUACUAUAAUUGGAGAGUGGUUUGUGUGUUUGUGUGUGUGUCCCACCACUCCUCCGAUCCACAUUCCUCCAGUCCCUCAAAAAUUGCCCCAAAAAAAUGUUCAGGGGGCCGCCCAUUGCAUAUAGAGUUUUCCAUCAUUUCAUUUUUAAUGUUAAAUAAAUAAUCGGCAGUUUUACUUUUUAUUUUGGAAUCCGGAACUACUGUCACCCGGAACUACUUUCCACCGUACCAACCAAAUCAGCUGAAUUGGUAACGUCCGUCGGUACGAUGCUUAUGUUACUCAUUGGAAAGAUGCAGCGGUAUGAUGAACAGUGCGGCGAGCGGAAUAAUGCGCGUGCUGUGCGUCAGUGCGCUGCAGGAGAGCUGAACGGGGGGAGUGGCCGCGUUCUCAGUCCGAGUGCUGCGGGACCAGCUUGGACUCCUCAGGAGGAAGAGCUGCACGUGGAGGAUGAGGGAUUUGAAGAUGUGGAGGACAGGGACCCAACGGCCCAUCAUCCCGCUCCUCCAUCAGGCAGUGAGGAUGUGAGGUUGGUGAAUGGAGGCAGCCCCUGUGCUGGGAGAGUGGAGGUUUACCAUCAGGAAGAGUGGGGGACAGUGUGUGAUGAUGACUGGGAUAUGAGAGAUGCUGGGGUGGUGUGUAGACAGCUGGGCUGUGGAGAUGCUGUAGAAGCACCAGGAGGUGCUCACUUUGACCCAGGGUCUGGGAGAAUAUGGAUGAGUGAUGUGUCCUGCGGGGGAUCAGAAUCCACACUGAAGGAGUGUUGGUCACCAGGAUGGGGUAAACAUUACUGUAAUCAUGGAGAGGAUGCUGGAGUGAUCUGCUCAGCACCCUCACAGAAUCAACCCUGCUCCCAUGGAAACGAUGUGGGACUAGUGUGUUCUGGCAGUGAGGAUGUGAGGCUGGUGAAUGGAGGCAGCCCCUGUGCUGGGAGAGUGGAGGUUAACCGUCAAGGAGAGUGGGGGACAGUGUGUCAUUGGGACUGGGAUAUGACAGAUGCUGGGGUGGUGUGUAGACAGCUGGGCUGUGGAGAUGCUGUAGAAGCACCAGGGAAUGCUCACUUUGGCCCAGGGUCUGGGAGAAUAUGGAUGAGUGAUGUGUCCUGCACGGGAUCAGAAUCCACACUGAUUGAGUGUCGGUCACCAGGAUGGACUUUACAGUACUGUGAUCAUGGAAAGGAUGCUGGAGUGAUCUGCUCAGCUCCAGUCCCUCGAAAAGUCAGGCUGGUGGGCGGGGCUGACCUGUGCUCUGGGAGAAUAGAGAUGCAUCAUGGGAGCUUGUGGGGCACGGUGUGUGAUGCUGACUUUGACCAGCGGGACGCAGAGGUUGUGUGCAGGGAGCUGGGCUGUGGAGUUCCUAAAGAGCUGCCGGGGGCAGCUGCGUUUGGCCAGGGGGAGGGCCAGGUGUGGGCAGAGGAGAUUCAGUGUUCAGGCAACGAAUCUCACAUUUACUUCUGUCCCAAAGCACCCUCACAGAAUCAACCCUGCUCCCAUGGAAACGAUGUGGGACUAGUGUGUUCUGGCAGUGAGGAUGUGAGGCUGGUGAAUGGAGGCAGCCCCUGUGCUGGGAGAGUGGAGGUUUACCAUCAGAGAGAGUGGGGGACAGUGUGUCAUCGGGGCUGGGAUAUGACAGAUGCUGGGGUGGUGUGUAGACAGCUGGGCUGUGGAGAUGCUGUAGAAGCACCAAGAAAUGCUCGCUUUGGCCCAGGGUCUGGGAAAAUAUGGAUGGAUAAUGUGUCCUGCAGGGGAUCAGAAUCCACACUGAAGGAGUGUCGCUCACGAGGAUGGGGUAAACAUAACUGUUAUCAUCGAUAUGAUGCUGGAGUGAUCUGCUCAGCCCAUCGUGAGGUCAGGCUGGUGGGCGGGGCUGACCUGUGCUCUGGGAGAGUAGAGGUGCAGCAUGGGGGCUCCUGGGGCACGGUGUGUGAUGCUGACUUUGACCAGCGGGACGCAGAGGUUGUGUGCAGGGAGCUGCGCUGUGGAGUUUCUAAAGAGCUGCGGGGGGCAGCUGCGUUUGGCCAGGGGGAGGGCCAGGUGUGGGCAGAGGAGAUUCAGUGUUCAGGCAACGAACCUCGCAUUUACUUCUGUCCCAAAGCACCCUCACAGAAUCAACCCUGCUCCCAUGGAAACGAUGUGGGACUGGUGUGUUCUGGGUACACUGGGUCCAGGCUGGCUGACGGCCCUGAUAACUGCUCUGGUCGAGUGGAGCUGCAGGACCUGGAUAACUGGGGGACAGUGUGUGAUGCAUGCUGGGACAGGAGAGCCUCCAAUGUCCUCUGUCAGCAGCUGAAUUGUGGGACUGCAGUGGCAGUGCCAGGACAGGCCUGGUUUGGAGAGGGGAAUGGGUCAAUCAGAGCCGAUGUGUUUGAUUGCCAUGGGAACGAGACACGCCUCUCACAGUGUGCUGUUUCCUCAUGGAGCCGAGCUGUGCUCUCACAUGGACAGGAUGCUGGAGUCAUCUGCUCUGGCUCUGCCCUCUCAGCUCUGAACGGGAUGGUGCGGCUGGCUGGAGAGGGUGCGUGUGAGGGCCAGGUGGAGGUGUACUACCAGCAGACCUGGAGCAGAGUGGGGGGGUCCUGGAGCUUCAGUGAGGCCUCGGUGGCCUGCAGGCAGUUGGGCUGUGGCUCUGCAGUGCAGGUCUACAGCUCCUCUCCAUCCGGGACGGGGGGCACUGGGGAGUGUCUGAUGGGGGUUCAGUGCUCCGGUAGAGAGGCUCACCUGGGGAACUGCAGCACUCCACACAACCUCACCUGCAGCUCCAGGGAACAGGUGUCCAUCGUCUGUUCCAAUCACAGGACUCUCAGGCUGGUGGGGGGAGGGGGGGACUGUGCGGGACGGUUGGAGGUGUUCCACAAUGGCUCCUGGGGGACAGUUUGUGAUGACUCCUGGGACCUGGAGGAUGCUCAGGUGGUGUGCAGGCAGCUCCAGUGUGGGACGGCCCUCAGUACCCCGCUACCCUCCUUCUUUGGGCCAGGAAAUGGACCUGUCUGGCUGGAUGAGGUGGGCUGUGUGGGGAACGAGACGUCCCUGUGGGACUGUCCCACAGCCGGAUGGGGACAAACUGACUGUGGACACAAGGAGGACGUGGGGGUCGUGUGUUCAGAAUUCAAGGAGAUGAGACUGGCCGAGGGCUGUUCUGGGAAUUUGGAAGUUUUCUACAAUGGCACCUGGGGCAACGUGUGCUUCAAUCAAAUGACUAGAGACACGGCUGCUCUCAUAUGUCAGGAGCUGAACUGUGGGAAGAGCGGAUUUGUGUCUAACACACAGUCAAGACUGGAAUCAGCUCCAAACUGGCUGGAUCAUUUCAAAUGUCGCCGACAUGACUCCACUCUGUGGCAGUGCCCAUCAAAGCCUUGGGGUAAUAAUACCUGUGGGCAAACCAGCGUGGCUUCACUUACCUGCUCAGGGGAAGAGGAUGAUGAAGUUCCACGAAGCAAAUUGUCAUGUUCCUCAGCAGCAAAUCAGAGAGCUUGCAAAAGUCACUGGCCCCUCCGGCUGGUGGGGGGUGAAGGCGGGUGUUCUGGGAUGCUGGAGGUGUUCCGCGGGGGCUCCUGGUGGAAGGUGUGUGGAGACUCCUGGGACAUGAUGGACGUCCAGGUGGUGUGCAGACAGCUGGGCUGUGGGUCAGCAGCAAAGGCUCAUAGUAAUGCUACUUUUGGGACGGGGAACGACACCCUCUGGCUGACUGAGGUGAACUGCUGGGGCACUGAGAUGCACCUGUGGGACUGCCCACACCAGCACAGCCGCUGCCCACACCAGAACCAGGCUGGGGUCACCUGCACAGUUCCUUUAUCUGAGUCCAGCUCCACUGCAGGUACUCCUGCAAUGACUACACAACCAAAAUCACAGCCAGUUGUGUCCAAACAGCCAGUGCCCGGACCAAAGGAGGCUCCGCCCAGCCCGUCUAUCCCAGCAGUGGCCUUCCUGGUGAUGGGGGCGCUGUUGUUCCUGCUGCUGGCAGUGCUGGGUGUUCUGCUGUUCCAGAACAGAGCGCUGAAGAGAGCCCUGUCUGAAUGGGACCACGCCCCUCUGCAUGAAGCUGUCUACGAGGAGAUCGAGUACAAACUAGCUAGAGGGGGAACCUACAGCGCCCCCCGGUGGGGGAGUGGCCUAUCAGAGGACCCGCCCUCUGGGUAUGAAGACGUGGAGGACGGCGAGGGACACUCCCUCUCAGGGGACCUGGUGAUGGAGGACACACCGGAGAACUAUGAUGAUGUCAUCCCAGCGGAUAAGCAUCCAGACAGUGUGCCAGGGGAGCUGGUGGAGGGAGAUGCACCAGAGCACUAUGAUGAUGUCAUCACUAUGCAGCCGGGCCCAGACGCUUUUCCAGGGGAUCAUGUGACAGACACUGAGGAGAAUUAUGAUGAUGCCGUGACUCUGGACUGGAUUCAAGUGGGGGAGAGUGUUCUGGCUGAAAGCCCUCCAGCUCCCAGUGGGAUGGACUAUGAUGAUGUGGGGGAGUGGCCUCCUGAAAGAGGAGGAGCACUGUGAGAUUGACAGUUUUAACUUUGGAAGUGUCCACCCACAAUUUUGGAUAGAAGAACUUACAUGGACUCCUUUAUUCUACACAUCUCAAGCAAAAUGUUUUGAUGUCAUAAAACCAUAUCCCACUAGAUCAGUUAUUCAUGAAU